AUGUCGCUCAAUAUCCCAAACGCCCCUAACUCGGGCCUGUUCAAGCAGGGUUAUAACAACUACGACUCUGAAGAUGGCGCUGUCCUCCGUAACAUCGACGCCUGCAGGGCAAUUGCUUCCACCGUCCAGACCUCUCUCGGCCCCUAUGGCCGCAACAAGGUCGUUAUCAACCAUCUGCAAAAGAUGAUUCUUACCUCCGACGCUGCCACCAUCCUCCGAGAACUCGAAGUCGUUCACCCCGCCGCUAAGCUCCUCGUCAUGGCCAGUCAGCAACAAGAAGCUGAGAUGGGCGAUGCCACCAACCUCGUUAUCGUCCUUGCUGGCGAGCUGCUUCGAAAAGCUGAGGACCUGCUACGCAUGGGUCUGAAGACAUCAGAUAUUGUUAUUGGUUAUGAGAAGGCUCAGAAGUUCGCCCUUGAGACCCUUGAGGAGCUUGCUGUCGAUAAGGUUGAGGAUAUGCGGGAUCAGGAGGAGCUCAGCAAGGCCAUCAGCACCGUCAUUGCCAGCAAGCAAAACGGUAACGAGACUUUCCUCGCCGAUCUCGUUGCUGAGGCUGUCCUUGCUGUCCUUCCUAAGAACCCCGCUAACUUCAACGUCGACAACAUCCGCGUCGUCAAGAUCAUGGGUGGAAGCCUGGAGCAGAGCAAGGUUGUCAAGGGUAUGGUCUUCCCCAAGGAGCCCGAUGGUUCGGUCAAGAAGGCCACCCGCGCCAAGGUCGGUGUCUUCACUUGCCCCAUCGAUGCUGGACAGACCGAGACCAAGGGAACUGUUCUGCUGCACAACGCCAAGGAGAUGAUGGAUUUCACAAAGGGCGAGGAGUCUCAAUUGGAGACAUCUAUUAAGGAGCUUUACGACUCUGGCCUUCGUGUCGUUAUCUGCGGUGAGCGAGUGGGUGAUCUGGCCAUGCACUACCUUAACCGCUUUGGCAUCCUGUGCAUCCGAAUUCUCAGCAAGUUUGAGCUUCGAAGAGUCUGCCGUGUGGUUGGUGCCACCCCCUUGGCGCGAUUAGGAGCCCCCAUGCCCGAUGAGAUGGGAAGCAUCGACGUUGUUGAGACCCUCGAGAUUGGUGGCGACCGAGUUACAGUCUUCCGUCAGGAGGAUGAGGUUACCCGAACGGCUACCCUGGUUCUUCGAGGUGCUACCCAGAACCAUCUUGACGACAUUGAGCGUGCUGUCGACGACGGUGUUAAUGUUGUUAAGGCCAUUACUCGCGACCCUCGACUGGUUCCUGGUGCUGGUGCCACAGAAGUCGAGCUUGUUGAGAGGAUACAGGCUCACGGUGAGAAGACCCCCGGUCUUAGCCAGUACGCUAUCAAGAAGUUCGGUGAGGCUUUCGAGGUUGUGCCUCGCACUAUCGCAGAGAGUGCUGGUCUUGACGCCACCGAGGUUCUGAGCCGACUGUACGCUGCUCAUGCCAACAGUGACAAGUGGGACAUUGGUGUCGAUAUUGAGAACGACGAUAACACUGGCCUUCUUGAUGCCAAGGAUGAGGGUAUCCUCGAUCUCCUCAUUUCCAAGCAAUGGGCUAUCAAGCUUGCCACCGAGGCUGCCCGCACAGUUCUGUCCGUUGACCAGAUCAUCGUGGCACGACAAGCUGGUGGACCAAAGCCCCCAGGUCCCAACCCUAACUGGGAUGAGGACUAA